UUCUGACUUCAAGUUUGUACACGUAAGUCUUCCUCAAAGUUGGGCGGAAAUCGUGUGUGGCUGUAUACUUCUGUUGUCUGUGACAAGCAGUUAAAGAAAUAAGAGAGGAAAAAUCCGGGGCACAACAGGUGGCUUGUUGGAAAAUUCUGGGACACAGUCAACAGUUCUGUCUGAAUACAUGGAUAUUGAAAAUCUUUGACUAGGGUUUAAGAAAUACGGUGAGUGGACACACAGACUGGAACCUCUACAAGGCAGAGAAAUGCUAUCCUUCUGGGAUGUGGCCAUUGAUUUCUCUCCAGAAGAGUGGGAAUGCCUGGAGCCUGCUCAGUGGGAUCUGUACAGGGAUGUGAUGUUGGAGAAUUACAGACACCUUGUGUUCCUGGGUCUUGCUGUCUCUAAGCCAUUCCUGGUGACGUUUCUGGAGCAAACACAAGGGCCUUGGGAUAUGAAGAGACAAGCAGCAGCCACUAUGCAUGCAGAACUAAUGCCCAGUGAUCCUAACAAUUACAGCAAGCCCACGAAUUGUAAAUCACUCCUUAUUAAAGAACAAAGCAUAACUAUAGGGGAGAAACCCUACAAGUGUGGAGAAUGUGGUAAGGCCCUUGGUUCUUAUAAAACACUUUCUAUACACCAGAGACUUCAUACUGGAGACAAACCCUACAAGUGUGAAGAGUGUCAUAAGGCCUUUAGUACUCGCUCAUCACUUUUUAUACACAUGAAAAAUCAUACUGAUGAAAAAACCUACAAGUGUGAAGAAUGUGGCAAAUCAUUUUACUAUCCUUCAAUGCUGAAGCAACAUCAGAGAAUUCAUUCUGAAGAAAAACCCUACAAGUGUGAAGAAUGUGGAAAAUCCUUUUGCUUUCCCUCAUUCCUUAAGCAACAUCAAAGAAUUCAUUGUAGAAAAAAUGGCCAGCAGCAUAAAGAAUGUGUCAAAAGAUUUUCCUCUCCUCUACUCCUUCUGGAACAUGGGAAACCCUACAAGUGUGGAGAAUGUUAUAAAGCCUUUCGUUGUCAUUCAUCCCUUAUGAUACACCAGACAGUUCAUACUGGAGAGAAACCUUACAAGUGUAUAGUGUGUGGGAAAUGUUUUUCCUCACCUUCCUCCCUUAAAAGACAUGAAAUAUUUCACUCUGAAGACAACCCCUACAAGUGUGAAGAGUGUGGCAGAUGUUUUUCCUCAUCUUCUUGCCUUAGAAGACAUCAAACACUUCACUCUGAAGACAACCCCUACAAGUGUGAACAUUGUGGCAGAUGUUUCUCCUCAUCUUCAUACCUUAGACGACAUCAAAUAUUCCAUUCUGAAGACAAUCCCUAUAAGUGUGAAGAAUGUGGCAAAAGGUUUUCAUGGUCUAUAAGUCUUCAGGAACAUCAAACAAUUCAUACUGGAGAGAAACCAUACAAGUGUGAAAAUUGUCACAAAGUCUUUCGUUAUCGCUCAUCCCUGAGGAAACAUAAGACAGUUCAUAUUAGAGAGAAAUCCUACAACUGUGAAAAGGGUCCUAAGUGUUUUUCCUCAUCCUCAUACCUUGUACAACAUCAAGCAAUUCACUCUGAAGACAAUUCACACCCGAAUGUGGGAUAUGGCAAUGCCAUUGCUAAUGUUAAUGGACUUACUGAAAACAUGACAGUUCAUACUGGAGAGAAAUCUCUCAAAGGUCUUAUGUUGCAGGAUUUUCCCAGUCCAGUUCCAUUAGGGCAGCAGGAGGCCCCUGAUUGGACAGGGAAAAAGGAGGCAGAGCUAAAAGUUGCAGAGACAGAGAUUAUCUCAGGGGAGAAGGAGGAAGGCCUGCAUGGAGGCAGACAUGACCUGCUUGGCUUUAACCAGUUAUAAGUAGUAUAAGCUAUAGAGUUAGAAUAAUUGGGAUAAAGCUUUUAUCGUUAUCAAUUGGUUCUGAAAUUAAUGUAUUGGCAUCUUGUAUACUGGUAACUUAUUGAUACAUAAAUCUGAUUGGUUAAUUACAAGCUUCUAGAGUCUUGUUCCUGCUGGGUAAAUGGAUGUUGUUAUGGCUGACCACAGGGUGGAGGUGGGGGACUUGCUGGAGAUUGGCCAGUGUCAGGAGUGUUUGCCUGACCCUUGCCAGAGAGUUGGCAGGCAGAGAGCAACUCAAGCUCAGAGAGUUGGUGGUUUCUUUUUUAGUAUUUAUUGAAACAGUCUUAAAAAGUUUAUACUUCUUCAGCCCUUAAAAAACAUUAAAUAAUUCAUACUGAA